CCCCCCUUUUCGGAAUGAAGGGGAGAGGGACUAAGCCCACCCAAAAGUAAGGGGAGGGUAUGACGUCGGAUUCAUUCUAUUGGCUGGAAUAGAGGGGGUGACGUCAAGCGCUUCAUAAAUAUCAAGCGGUCCCGGAUCCAGAGCUAAGUUGAGUCAGCAAAAGUUUUCGUCCAAGUGAGAGAGCGAGAGGAACGAACAGAAAAUGCUGACUUCUGCGGGACUUUAGCUGCAACCGUAGCGGUUUUCGCUCCCCUCUCACACGAUGAUUUCUAAGACUGUGGUACUCGUGGUUAGGAUUCUGUUCUUCUGUUAGGCCUGCCUGUUCAGAAGAUUUUAUUUUGGAAACUUUUUUUUUUCAUUCCCUGCUUUGAGUGGGGGGAAUUAUAGAAGAAGGGGAUGCUGAUCUAAUCGAGAUCUGACCGACCUGAGAAGAGGGGGAAAAACUCGAUGAAGUGAGCAACCCUCAAUGUCGGGGUCUUAAUUGAGAUUAUAAUUUGCUGUAUCUUUCUUCUCCCCCCUCUGCAGAAAGGGGAGACGGUCAAGAAUUUGAAUGAUACAGGUGGGGGAAAAAACAAUUGAAUGAACUCUAAUGGCCUUUCUCAUUUUUCGAUGAGGUGACGAAACACUUCAGAAAAAAGAAGGAAAAAAAAUCCCCCUUAAAAAUUAAAAUAAUUGUUGACACUCUUCUCUUUUGCUCUUUUAUGAGUGGAAACGAGGCUACUUAAAAAUGACAAACAAAAUAUUAAAAAAAUCGGUUAUAAAUUCUAAUUUUUGCUCUUAAUUAAGGAACUGAUUUUUAGUCAGGAAAAAAAAAUUCGAUUUUUCUCUUCUUUCGAAUGAAAUUCAGCCGAUCUUUUAUGCGAUUAGCAGUGAUAAAUGACGAAAUGAUUGACUUAUUAACUUUCCAGUUUGUGACUAUUGUGGGAAAUUAAAGAGAGAGAAAAAUUGAUAUAUUUUAACCAAAUUUAUAAAUCGAUGAACACGAAAACUGAAAGAAGAAGAUAGCAAGGAUAGCAUUCUUUGGAAAUAGUAUUUUAAUGACAAUUUUUUAAAAGGCGAUGUUUCGAAAAGACAAAUAUUGAUUCUUCCGUUCGUCUGCAGUCUACCUCAUCGAAGAUCUCCGGCAGUGCAUUCUGCCGUCAUUUACCGUUACGUAGCCGGGAGAGGCCGUUCUGUCGACUACGGAGGGAGUUUGGACCCAACCGGACCCAACGGGCCCGCCUUCAUAUUUUACGAUGAUGGAAGGUAAUUCUGAGAAUCCUCCUGGAGUAGACUACGUUCACGAAUUCGAUUUGGAGCACUUAGAAGAAGUGGUGAAACAAGAAAUGCACAGAGCUAAGUAUUCGUCGGGGGUGAAUCUCGGAGCCUGUACCACCCCUCACAAUGGAAUGAAUAUGCAGCACAUGAAUGACCAUCCCCAUCACCAUCAUCCGCACCAGCCUGUCUACGGUAUGAACUCUAAUAUGGGAUCUUCAUGCCCACGGAAGCCAGUUGUGCUGGCUGCUGCAACUCCUCCGGACACGCCGCCAUGCCACGGAAUGCCACCCUCUCCAGCGUUUGUACCGACAGGCAACACUCCUGGACCUCUGAUGGACGAUGGAAUGCUGUGGCUGACCCAGAACCUUCGAUAUGGUGGUGCCAGUGGCAAUCAAGAUGGACCUCUGGAUUUACGUCCCCCCCAAUGUGCCGCAGACAUGGAAGCUUGGCUUAUAGCGAAUGGCGGUGGUCGAAGGGAUUAUCCGGAGGUUCAAGGUGUGCCCCCAUCGCAGCGCGGAGGACCCAAUCAUCACAUUGAGCAUCAUCACCUGAUGACUGCAGCUAACACUAACAGCAACAGCAGUAGUGGCAGCUGCAGCUCUGCGACUUCAACUCUGGGUGGCAGUGUCCCAAACUGUCACCGUGGCGGAGGAUCAGACAUUCUUGACGAUGACCAACUGAUAUCCUUAACUGUGCGGGAGUUGAACAAGAGGCUGCACGGAUUUCCGAGAGAAGAGGUAGUGAGGAUGAAGCAGAAGCGGCGCACUCUCAAAAACAGAGGAUACGCUCAAAACUGUCGCACCAAAAGACUCGCACAAAGACACGAGCUCGAGUCCCGCAACAGGCUACUGCAAGGAGAAAUGGCCAGGUUAAGACAAGAACUGGAACGUGCUUGUCAGGAGAGAGACUUUUACAGGCAACAACUCCACGCUUUGAGAGACUGUGCAGGAGACCCAAGGUCCAUGUCAAGUGUAUCCAGUGUAGGAGCAGCCAGUAAUCCCAGUUCUCCGGAAUUUUAUCUCUGACGCUCAAAUGGACUACCUAUUGGUAAGGAACUUUAUAGAAUAUUCAAACGACAUUAAUGUAAUGGCUAAAAGCAUGCGAGUUGCAAUUACAUGCUAUAACUUGUUCAGAAUGCGGAUUCUAAGAAAGUGACCUUUAACAUUAAACAAUGGUUGUUACAUUUAUUAAAUUGAAAGAGCAUUGCCCGGAAAGUAUCCAAGUUUGACUGAAAAACUGAUUGGAAUUUUUUUAAAGUUUAAUAUAAAAGUGGAUAGGAAAUAUAUUUUCACGAUUAUUAAAGGCUUUGAUUUUAAAAUUAAAACUCUCAUUGCCCGCAGAGUAAUGGUUAUUA